CUUUUAUGCCUAGUGGAACUAUGCAUGGAGAUUUAAUGCUUUCAGCAUAUAUUCCAAAAGUUAUCAAAGCAAGACCAAAUGGUUUUUUUAAAAAUAAAGCAUUUAAUACCAAAGGUUUAGAAGUAAAAAAAAUUCCUGGUGGAACAGCUAGUGUCUUACAACCACCUGAUGUCUCUGUAAAUAAACCUUUCAAAAAUAAAAUCAGAAGAAAAUGGGAUGAGUGGAUUAGUAAUGGAGAAAAAGAGUUUACAAAACAUGAAAAUCACAAGAAGGCAUUAUAUGAACUAGUUUGUAAGUGGGUGUCAGAAGUAUGGAAGGAAAUUAGUUCUGAAAUUUUAAUCAAAUCUUUUGAAGCUUCUGGCCUUACGCUAAAUCCUAAUGGAAAAAUUAGUGUUGAUAAAUUUGAUGAAGUUAGUGAUAAUGAAUUCAAUAAAAAAAUUAGCGAUGAUAAAUUUGAUGAGAAAGUCAACGAUGAAUUAAACAAAAAAACCGAUAAUGAAUUUAGCAAUGAAGAAAUAACUCACAAUGAGUUUGACGAAUAA